UGGCAGCUGCCCAAGUAUUCAGGUUAGAGGUCUGUGUGUCAGGAACAAAAUAGGAAAAUAAAAAUUCAAAACACUAUUUGAUGACAAUAUUUUACAUGAUUGCUAUUUUCUUACUCUUCAUUCUUGUUUGGCAAAUCAUCUAAAAAAAAAAAAAGGAGCGAGUCGCAUGGAGUUCCAAAUUUGGUUGGCAAGGUAUCCAUAAAUAGACAAGUUGCCUAGUUUCAUGCACUAAGCUUACCCAUAAAAUCAGAUAGAUCACAUGGUUGCAUCAAUCAUAAAAACAAAGAGAGAAGGAGAGAGACAUGACUGAAGAGAGCCCAGAAGAGGAUCAUGGGUCUCCUGAAAUAGCCGAAACGAAUCCAGGAAGCCCUUCUUCAAAGACCAACAACAACAAUAACAACAUCAACAACAAAGAACAAGAUCGGUUCCUUCCCAUUGCUAAUGUCGGAAGGAUCAUGAAAAAGGUUCUUCCCGGUAACGGUAAGAUCUCGAAAGAAGCCAAAGAAACCGUUCAAGAAUGCGUCUCGGAGUUCAUCAGUUUUGUCACUGGUGAAGCUUCUGAUAAGUGUCAGAGAGAAAAGAGGAAGACCAUCAACGGAGAUGACAUCAUUUGGGCCAUUACAACUCUCGGAUUCGAAGACUACGUGGCUCCAUUAAAGGUUUACCUCUGCAAAUACAGAGACACCGAGGGAGAGAAAGUUAACAGCCCAAAACAGCAACAACAACAACAAAGACAACAGCAACAACAGAUUCAACAACAGAACCAUCAUAACUACCAGUUCCAAGAACAAGACCAGAACAACAAUAACAUGUCAUGUACUAGUUACAUCUCUCAUCAUCAUCCUUCUCCAUUCCUACCCGCCGAUCAUCAACCAUUUCGCAAUAUUGCUUUCUCUCCUAAAUCAUUGCAGAAACAGUUCCCGCAGCAGCAUGAUAACAUUGAUUCCAUUCACUGGUGAGAGACUUUCGUUUUUAUUUUUAUUUUCUUUUUCUUUUUUCUUUCUAUAAGUUAUAUGCUUUCUUUACCUUUUGUGAGAACAAUCUUGAUCCUUAUAUAAACAAACUGUUGCUAUAUAGACACAUUAGAUACGUACAUCGAUCUUGAUAUUUUCAGUAUUACCCAUGUCAUGAUUUUGUGUAAUAGAAUGAAUACUUAUUCA